GCUGACUGAGCAUGCGCGGAAUCAGGACAUCGCGAGAAACGGAGUACGCGUUUGGGUGUUACGGGUCCAGUCGCCCUGUUUAAAUAGCUGCAGGAAUCAUGGGAGCCGUGUUCCUGCCAGCGGAUGCCGCACACUCAGUGCUGCGAAGGCUCCCGAGAGCAAACUUCUUGGAGGAAAUUAAACAAGGGAACAUCCAGCGUGAGUGCAGAGAGGAAAUCUGCAAUUAUGAAGAAGCCAGGGAGGCAUUUGAGAAUGAUGAGAAAACAAGGCGAUUCUGGGAGGAAUAUCAGCGCGAAAGCAGCCCUAGGCCUGGAGGUCUGGAGUCUAUUGCUGGUGGAGUUCAUUCCCUGUACCUGAUCUUACCGCUGCUGCUGGUUUUGCUGCUCAUUUCUGCAGUUUCCAUUACAGUUUGGAGAUGUCACUCACGCAAAAGAUCUCAGCAAAGCCCUGCCAUUGGGCGUCCACAAAGAGACACAACCCUAUCUGUGGUUUCAAUGGAUCAGUGGGGGCGGGACAUCCAUCCUGACAUCAGUCCUCACUCAGAGAUCAGUGCUCACAGUAGUCCUGCCUACCAAAGUGCUGAUCUCACACCUGGGCGGGGCAGUCGUGGUGACCCGCCCCCCUCAUAUGAGGAAGCUGUGGGCCAUACAGAGAUACACAUUGAAGCAGAACCUCCACCACAAUAUGAAGACAUCAUCAGUAACCAUGGUAGCACUGUUAUCAUUGGCCAGGGAAAGUGACAGAUCUUCCAGGGAUAUUAUCCAGACACAUCUAGAGCUGCAUUUUUAGGCCUCCACUAAUAGGGUAAAUCCUAUCAUUUCUUAUUCACACAAAAGCCUGGAGGUUUUUGAGAUGGGAAAAUUGCUUGGGUCGUUUAUUUUUAUUACUAUUCAUAUUUGUUUUAUAACUUCACUAAUUGUAUGAUAGCCUUGAUUUGAAAUUCCAGCUCUAGCAAAAUAGUUUGCUUCAUAACAGCCUCUUUACAUCUAAAUGCAAUUUCUGUUUCUCAGACAUUGUGAAAUUAAUUUAGUCACAAAAUUCACAAAUGUGAAUUUAGUAAUUUGAGCUUUCAUCAGAUUGCUUCGUUUCCAGAGAUCAACUCAUGACAAAUUUAAUCAUGAUGAUAAAGCACUGUUAAGGCUCGGUCACACAUAACAUUGCAUGGUGGAAUUCUGUGGGCAAAAUACAGUCAUCUCAAUGAGAAUCCACAUGAUCGAACUCCAGUGGCAAAGAAUUUCCUCUUGCAGAUUUUGCAUGGAUUUCAAAUUUGGUGAACUUGGCGUUGACCAAUAGGAAGUUUCUUGGUUUGGCAGUGACCUCUGAGUAGGCGGUGCUUACACAGUUACACUGAAUAUACACAAUGGACAAGGAUAUCAUUUUAGUGGCGAGUUUCUUUUCAGCAUAACUCUGCCAGAGUAAUUUUUUUGCUGAUUUCACACACGCACUGCAUCUGCCCAUGUCAUCUUCACCGUGGAAUUUCACAGUGCAAAGUUAUGUGUAACAAUGCCUUCGAUUCACGUUUUUCCUAGUAAGCAAAAGCUAUAAAAACAUUUCAAAAGAGAACUGGGCACCUUUUCAGGCCUCUCAUGGGACCAUUUAGACCCAUAAUUUAAAAUAACAGAUUCAAUGAACAAAUAAAUAAAAAAAAAAACAUGCACAAUGUUUUCAGGAACAAUUUUAAGUUGCAAAAUGCAAUGUUUACUGACAUGCUAUACUUUGUCAAUUGGAUAACAUUCAUAGGCUAUUUCUAUAUAACCUUUGUUAUUACAAAAUGCACUGAGCUCACAACCUCAAUGAAACAUUGAUGUUAAGUUGAUUUUGAUUCUUUUCUAGAUGAGGUGUGAAACACUGUGUAAGAUGUAGUUAGCAUCUUGGAAACUUCAGCCAAUGGUAAACCGUUUAACAAUGUGAAAUUUAAGUUAUGCUUGAGACAUUGUUGAAAAUGUUGCUGAUAACUUUUAGCAAAUCGACCAAACAAAUGUAAGCAGUUUUAUUUUAUUUGGCAUAAUGGUUGUUAAUGCUGAAUCAGCACAGGUCCAAGCUGUUUUUGCCCAGUGGGCACCAGGCCAACAUAUGUGAGGUUUUGUUGACUUAUUUUAGAAGAGCAAACUGCUCAUAUCUGCUGUGGCCAAAUACAAUACUGAAAAAUACAUUGUAUUGUACAAUUAAGGUUUGUUAUUGUACCAUUUCUAGAUGUAGUAGACAAGUAAAUGGGCUGUGCAUAAGUGGUCCCUUUUUGGAACAAUUUGGUCACAGCCUUGAGAAAUGCAUCAUAAUUGUGGCCAAGGAUUAAGCAGGGAUAAGUAGGACAACCAAGACAUGGUUUUACAGAAUUUUCAUUUUUUGAUGAAUUAUUCUUUUUAAGGAGCAAGAAGCAUGUGUUUUCUUUUGUUGUUGCUGCAAGCUGUUUGCUGACUUUCUUUUAUAUGUUUUUAGGGUAACAAAGUUGUGUUUUGUUUCUCUAACAACCUCCCUGACAAUGUUAAGAAUAACAAUUAUGACUACCUUGACCAUGCUAGUUGUAUUUGACAGAACCUUUCCCCUGGUAAAUUUUAAGUAUGUUUAAGAUGCAUACCUCCCUUGCCUUCCUCGUGACAAAUGAAGAUGUUUACAUCUUUCUCUUCCUGAAAUGUAUCAGCUAGGAACCAUAUUUGGACAUUUGAUCCUGGCUUUUGGGUUGGGCUUGUCUGGAACUUAACAGGCAACACAAACUUUUACCUCUUACUUUUAUUCUUGGUUUCUUGUUUAGAGUGUAAUUACGAAAUCACCUCAGGCCCCAGCUAUACUUUACACUGAAACCAAGAGAAUAUCACAGUAGGAUCACAUUAUGGGAACAAGCCCUCCUACUACCCAAUAAAAAAAAGAAAAUAAAUUUAACAGUAUUAAAUGUCAGGAAAGUGUGUGUGGGUGUGUACAUGUAUGUGUGGAUGUGAGAAAAAGAAUAUAACAAUGGAAACAGUGUGUUUGUACUUAUUUAGUAACUAUGAGUGAAAGUGCUUUUUUAGGGCACAAAUUGCUCUUUGUAGAGGAAUAUGAAUUGAUGUGUAAUGUAUGAUAAAUUAUAUAAAAUUAUGGCAAAUGCUGUUUGGUUUAUAUUUGUGGCUUUCUACAGUUUACAUUAUGUCAUGCUCAGCCAACAUAAAUAUGCAAUAAAUGACAUCACCAGCAAUAACUCAGCCUCACUUUGCCUAAAUUUGUUUGUGUUUUAAAGGUAAUGUGAAAUAUUGCUACUGUAAUUUGAAAUUCAGGCUGAUGAUGCUGCAAGUGUGGCUGACUUUGAUGGAAGGCAUCUGUUGCUGGAUAUUUGCAGGCUGAUAUUUCUGUUAAAAGCAUGGGAUGGUGGUGUUUAUUGCUUUAAGCCUUACUCAGAGAUAGGUAAAUGUGUAUAUAAGUGUAUUAAGAAAUUUAAUUUUUUGUAAUGACUGAGCUUGAUUUUAUUUGUAAUAAAAGUUUUUUG